GAGACGGAGAGGCGAGCCCUUCGCUUCUUCCCUGCCCACCUCCUCCGGCACCUCCAUCCAUUGGGAUAGGAUAAACACUUCAUCUCUCCUGCUGACAUCGUUACAACAUGUGAAAGACAACCAGUCGGCUUCGACGAGCUGCUUGCGCUCUGGCUUUUUGAGAAAUUUUACGGAAAACUUUCAGGGAACUCGGAAAAAAACUUUCCCAAAGUGUCUGCGGAUACGAUGGAAACACUAUUCCUCCCCCUCAGCGUGCUGCUGUUGCUGCCCUGCAGACUUGUCCAUGCUCAGCAGUUGUUGUUACCCGGGUCGUGCAACUUUGAGCUGGGCUCCUGCGGCUACACAUCAGACCCAGACUAUGGAAGCUGGAGCAUGAAUGAAGAAGGGCAUCUGAUAACAGCAGACUCCAGCUUGUUAGGUGACCAGGAGCAGGCAGUUCUUGUCAGUCCAGUUCUGGACCAGCAGGAUUGGAGCUGUGUGAGGCUGGUGUACCAGAUCACUGGAAACGGUUCCCUACAACUCCACUUCAGACCAAGCAAUGAUAACUUUGACUACCUGUUCUGGACUGCAAAUGAAACCUCUGACAGCUGGCUCAUUGCUAGUGUGGACCUACCAAACACCACCAUUCCCUAUCAGAUCUUACUCGAAGGUCGACCUGAACGCGGCUCCGGGAACAGUGUAGCCAUCUUUGAAAUUCACAUUGUCCUAGGUUACUGCAUAGAGUGUAACUUUGAGGAGCAUCACCUGUGUGGCUACAGUAAUAGUUGGAACCCAAAUGUCAACUGGUAUGUUGGGGGCAGCGUGGUUAGAGAGUCUAAUGUGCUUGAAAACCACGCCAGCAGUCACCAGAGAGGCCAGUACAUGUACGUGGACUCUGUGUACGCAAAGCACUUCCAAGAGGUGGCCAAACUCACUUCGCCAAUGACCACAGUGCCAAUGGAUGGCUGCCUUUCUUUCUACUACCAUCGAGACCAGGAGAGGGGAAACAUAUUCUCCGUUUUCACUAGAGACCAACUGGGCCAUUUUGAGGAGCUCUGGAGGCCGGAGGUGUAUAGGACUGCUGGCUGGAGACUGGCAAGCGUUGACAUCAAGGCUCCACACCCCUUGGAGGUGGUGUUUGAGGUGGCUUUUAACAGCGCCAGAGGUGGAUACGUGGCCAUAGAUGACAUCUCAUUUUCUCCUGAAUUCUGUCACACUGAAACAGAGCCGACCUUUGACCCCGCAAUAGCCAACUGUGAUUUUGAGAAUGGCAUGUGUUUAUACUACCAGGAGACAGGGGAGAGUAAAGUGUGGAGCAGAGUUUCGGUGAAGCCUAAUGCUUACAGGAUAGGAGACCACACCACAGGAACAGGUGGUUUCCUCCUGACAUACACUCGCUUCACUUCAAGCCCAGGUUAUGUGGGUAGGCUUCAUGGCCCCUUUUUACCCGGGAACCACAAAUACUGUCUGAGGUUCUACUACGUGCUUCAUGGGUUUAGGAAAGUAGACAAUGCAUUGUUUGUUUACAUUUUCGACGAAAAUAACGUGGCCCAGGAGAAGGUUUGGAGCCUGACUGACACUUCCAGGGCCAUCUGGACUCGGGUGGAGAUCACCUACAUGAAGCCAAUGCUUUCCAAGGUAGUAUUUGUCAGCAUCUGUCAGAACUUCUGGGACUGUGGCCUCGUAGCUAUUGAUGACAUUACUGUCAGUUUGGGUGACUGUCAAAUCCCCGCAGUCUCCCUCCCAGGCCAGUGUGACUUUGAAAGUGGAGUCUGUGGCUACACACACGAUAAGAAAAGAGACAAGUCCGGGUGGCUGCGAGUCCGAGGGCACACUCCCACCUCCUAUACAGGACCACGUGGAGACCACACUACUGGGAUGGGUUACUUCAUGUACAUCGAGGCGUCACUCAUGCGCCCGGGUCACAAAGCUCAGUUGCUGACCUCAGACCUGCGGGGCUCGUCAUUCCCUCAUUGUCUGAUCUUCUACUACCACAUGUACGGAUCUGGUACAGGUAUACUGAGUGUUCUGCUGCACAGUGGCUACAAAGAGCAGGACAGGCUGCUGUGGAGACGGCGCGGCGAGCAGAGUGUGAGCUGGAUGAGAGCAAUGGUGGACUACCAGUGUGAUGUCAAACACCAGAUUAUAUUUGAAGCCAUCCGAGGCCCUUCGCUACGGAGCGAUAUUGCUAUCGAUGACAUCCAUUUUAAAAGCGGACCGUGUGAAGAUCCCAGGGAUGUCUCUCCAUACUCUGGAUCCUCUGAGUAUUUCAAUGAGAUUGAGAACUGAGACCGGUGGGGUACUCUUCUUAGUACGCUACUGAAGACUGAAGUUGAACAUUCCGCCAAGACAAUUUACAAAGAUGUAGAGCAAAGCUUACGCUGCAACAAGGCCCUCUGCCUCACUGACCCACUGUCUUCCUUCACCUUUCAGUCCUGUCAUUUUAGUGUUUGUGCCUUAAUUAUUAAUGUUCAUAUGUUUACAGAUUAAGAUUUGUAUCCCACCUCCUCCUUAAAGCAUGAUUGAGUUUUACAUUUGCACCACAUUAGUCAUGUGCAGCCAUAAUCCAGUGUAAAGACCUGUUCACACUAUAAACUACAAAUAUAUCCUUUGUGACAUAUUUUUUCAGUUUUCAUAACAGUCAGUUAUGCCACAUGUCAGUAAAAUUAGAUGUCUUGCAGUGUAAUUUCAAAUCACAGCUCAGGUAUAGUGAACUCAUUCCAAAUGGAAACUGACAAUAGGAGUUCUACUUUGGGCAUAUUGGUCUCUGCAAGAAAACCCACUACCAUGGAAUCUUUGAAUUCUUCAAAGGUCAGCGCUUAAGCUUGAUCUUUUGUGCCUCUAGAACAGCGGGACUCUUUUACAGAUAUUGCUCACAUACAUCUCAGAACACACACAAAAUAGGUUGUUUACAUUUCAUCGGAAUUCACUCAAGAAUCUUUAUGCUAGUUCCAUAGUGACAAAGGACGUGGGUCCAGCUCUGAAGUCACAGUGUAAGCACUUACGGAUAUGGAUCACUUUAAAGUGAAGUGUUGUCUGUACAUCAGUAUCUUUCUAUCAAGGUUCAGAAGGACACAGGAAACCUUCCCUUGAUGUCUGAUCAAUGCUGACUAAUUAGCAUCAAACUGUUUCUGAAGACGUUUCAGGCCUAACAUGCUGCAAACAUGUGAGCACCUGUUCAUUUAGAUGUACUUUUGCACAUCUCUGGUGAGGUCUUAUUUUACCAUGGUCUUUCUAUUUAGACUGAAAACUGAAUCAGCUGACAUUUUGAUUAAGUCCCUGAAAAAGACCCAUGCACUGACGUAGAAAUCUGAAACCAGGAUUUCUGUUUGCUACUUCGCUGUCCUCAGUAUGUCAUAUUCAUCUCACCAUUCUUUUCAUCCUACAGUCUGUUGUGCAGGACUGUUUUGGAGAAACUGAACUGGAUACCAUAAUUUCAGCAAUAGUAAAAAGAGAUUGCUAAGUUUAAUGCAACUUGUUUUGUGUCAAAAUAUGCCAUACACAAUAUGGACAGAAUAAAGAAAGAUCUCAGUUAUUUCCUUCAGAUCAUUGUCAUUGCAUAAAGUCUCCUUGUGCCAUGUUUCUACUUCUAAUGUGCGCACAUCAGUUCCAUGCUGUUAUUUGUCCAUCAUAUUUCCCAAUGAAAUGUCCUGCAAAUAUUUUGUUAUUGAUACAAUGAGAGUAACAGACUCCAGUUUACUGUACCCGAGUCCUAUUUGUUCAUGUAUAUUUAUUAGAACUUAGUUCUUGUUCAUUUUACUUAUCAUUUAAAGUUUAUUUUUCAUAAACAGAGUCUGCAGUGUUUAGACAAGAGACGCCCUUUGCAAGCUUUCUGUCUUAAAAUUUUCAUAUUUAUUCAGUAAUCUUUCAGACAUAAACUUACUCAAACCAUCACCAGAUUUUCCGUAGUCCUGAAAGUAGACUAACAGAACUAAAUUAAACAAAUGAAGCAAAAUAUUAUUUUUGAGCAUUUAUUUAUUCAAGACAUUUAACCCUAUCCAUAGUCCCUGUACAUAUUUGUGAACUGCAAAGCUAUGUGAAUCCCCUUUUUUAAAUAUCUGCUGUGAACUAGUCGUGCAGCAAAUGUUUUUUGGUAACUACUUCUAAGGUAUCCAAAGCCUGCAGUUCAUAUUUUCCUUAAAACUCUUCACUGCGGUGUGCUGAAAACCAACAACAAACAGAAAACUGUGUCUGUAAUUUGAUAUAUAUUAAUACGGAAUAUUUUCUCAUAAUAUAACAUUGCUGUUUUGUGUGAUUAGGUUCUCUUUGCCUCAUUUCAGGACUUCUGUUUUUGUGUUUUCUGUAUGUUUUGAAUGGUUUUAUGAAGAAAUCCUGAGAAUUCUGAAAAAAAAAAAAAAACAUUUAAGCAGCACUCAACAUAAAAGAAAGUUAGGUCCUGUAUAGGAGUUUCUCUGAGGCAAACUUUUCCAGGAAUAUUCCAGUGUCUUAAACCGCAAACAAACAGUAUAUCUCGAUUAUGUUUGUUUGUUUUUUAAUGUCAGCAUGAUAAUCAUUAUGGAUGGAACCAGAUCAAAUGCUUCACUGUUGACCUGUUAUGAAGUACUGGGAUGAAGUCAAAUUGACAAUUAAGCCGUCCUUUUUGAAUACAGAGUAGUAGAAACAACAAGUCGACGGAUGUGAAAAGAUGAUCCCAAACAGUUCCUUCUCAACCACCGGAUAUAUUCAUUAUACAUCUCAGUAUAAAAAGGCUAAAUAAAUUAUUGAGGAGUUAAUGCCCUUGCAGUGAGAAGCACCUAAUUAGCUUGUCAUCAUUAGUGGAAGCAGUCAGAGUGUGACAGUUGCGAAGCAAUUGAUUGCACCUGGAGAUGUGGUCGACUAUCCCUGGUGGUUAAUCAUUAACAGGAUGGAAGGGUCAACUUCUCCGUAACUUAACGCAUGCAGGGUUGGUCAAUAAUCCUUCAUCUGGGAGCCACCGACCAUUUGUUUUUCGAGAACCACCGCUCCUGAAAUCUCAAUUGCGCUAAACCUUAUGAAGCAACUAUAAACAUGGACGAAUUUGGGGGAUGAAGAAACAGCAGGUUCAGGCGAUCUGCAUGAACAGGUCACAUUAAACACUAUAAAAGAUAGGCCAGAACUUUUAUGCAGUGUAGCAAGAACAGUUUGUAGAAAAGACAUCUUUAAUAUUUGUUUAAAACUGGUUAGAGAGAUUAAUGAUUCUAGACCUGAAGUCUAGUCUACAGGCCUUUUAACAGCUGAGGGCUGUAGUAACACAGACUGUCAUGUAUAUUAACUUGUGCCAGUUGAUUUAGUAAGUGGACCAUCCAAUGAGAUUGUAUUGUGUACACGAUUGUGUCUUGUUGUAUGAAAACAUACAGAAUAGUUUGCCUUAAUUUUGUUUAAAAUCUGUUUUAAGUCAUGAGGUUAUGCGUUAAACACAGACUGCAAAUCUAGCAACGACAUUCUUAAUAUAAGGAGCAAGGUGAUACAGGACUGUAUCAUCAGCAUACAGUAGUCCAGUUGUCUUCAAAUGUUAUUGAGAGAUUAUAAAAAGAUUGGAGGCCAUCCAUGGAUCCAUGCGGAACUCCCUUUUCCAGAAUAGCAUUAAUUAGAUUAAGAUGAAUUAUUUUCAGACCAGACAAACUGCAUAUGGUCAGUUAAAUAUCUCAAGCAACUGCUCACUUAACAAACAAUACCAACCUUCACCUGGAGGUUGGUUAACUACUGAUUAUGCUCUGCUGCAUGACACAGUGGAGAAAGUUUUACAGAAAUAGCUACAUAGCGAAAUUUCUUAUCAAUAGCAGCCCCAAUGUUGUGAUUUUGAAUGUAGGAGCCAAAAUUUUUUUUUUUGUAAAAAUCGUGUUAAUUUUGCCCCAGGUUUAUCCUUUGUUAACUAUCAAUGGGAUAAUUGGUGACCUGCCUGUAUGGCUACACGCCCUCCUUUGUCUCCUCCCACACCUUUGUCUUGUCUGGUAAUUUAGAUCACGUUUUUUUUGUUUUGGCUCAGGUAGAGUAGCACCACACAGUUUUUUUGAUCUCAUUUUUGACUUGUCUUACCUAUCCGUUAUUUUUCCUACUGAGUCAAUUGGGGCUGUUGUAACAGUAUUUUCAUUUUGCUCAACAAAUAAACAAGUUUACGUUAAUUUAUA